AGUUUGAAAAUUGAAACUGAAAUAUGAAUACAGAAAAUAUCAAAAGUAAAUAAUAAAUAUAUUCUUUGAUGAACUAUGAAAUAAUGAAUUUAUCAAUACAAGGCUUAAGAGUUAGUAAGUGAUUAUAAUAGUUAUACUCUAAAUAAUAAAAAAAAAAUUUGCUUUAUAAUAAAAAUCAAUAGACCACAUAAAGUUCUAGGUACUGAAAUUUGAAAAACUUAUUCGAACUAGUCAAACUAAAAUGCAGAAUAAUUCAAAUCAAAAACAUGUGAAGAACCACUGGUCUUUAGGUUUAUUAGAAUCAAUGAAUGACCCUUCUUCAGUUUAUAAAGAAACAGAUAAAGUGGUCGUCAUAAAAGAUAAAUAUCCUAAAGCUAAAGUGCAUUACCUCGUACUGCCUCGAGAUAAUAUAAAUAGUAUAUAUAAUCUUGAUAAAAGUCAUAUUUUAUUGUUGGAAGAAUUUGGAAAAGUGUUUCAUGAUAUACAAGAAGAACAUUCAGAUUUGGAGCUCAAAGCUGGUUUCCAUAGUAUUCCCAGCAUGCAAAGAAUGCAUAUGCAUAUAAUAAGCAAAGAUAUGAUAUCAGCAUGUUUAAAAACAAAAAUACACUGGAAUAGCUUUACUACAAGUUUCUUUUUGCCAUAUAAAGAUGUUUUGAGGAGUUUAAAAGAUAAUGGACAUGUUGAAAAAAUAUCAACUGAAAAGCACAAAACUUAUGUUAAAUGUAAUCAAUGUGAAUUUGUACCUAAGAACAUGCCAGAUUUGAAGAAACAUUUGUUAAGCCAUUGAAAUAGUAUAAUGUGACUGCAACAUACUUGAAAAUGAGAUGAAUAAGUACAUUGUAACCUAAUUAUUGUGAAUACUGAUUUAUAAAAAAAUUAAGUUCCAUAAAAUUUUUUUUUCAUUGUUACAAUGAAAUUUAUCUAUGUUUUUUUGUAUGGAAAUAGGGUAGGGCCAUACUAGUGAGCUGGCCUGUUCACAUAUUAAAAACUAAUAGCAUGGUAGUGCUAAUUUUGCACUUGGAUCCCUUCUGUCAACAGAGACUACUACCAGCAUGUCAGAAUCAAUAGUGAUCAUGUUAGUGAUCUCAAAAAGUAAGUAAAGUAAUUUGUUUUCAAAGGCUAAACGAUACUAUUAAUGGGUUUGCCUCUUACCUUAUCCUGUCUUAUUAAUAAACAUAAUGAAAAGUUA